AACACCAAAGAAGAAGAAGCCUACAGCACUGUACACAAACCUUUUAGGGGAGUUGUCAUAAAGUGUAAAUGCUUUGUUUUUAUCGGACAAACCAGCACUCGUGUAAAACGCUUUUCAGUUAAAGAUGUCAGGUGACCCGGCUGAGCUCGCUGCUGGAGAUGGAGAGAAAGGACUUCUGUCUUUGUGUGAAUCAGAGGAACAACCAGCAUUACAACCUGCAGCACCGCAGCUCAACAUCACUCCCUCCUGCAGGUUCCUGCAGGUUGAACUGGAGCUGAACGCUCACCUCCGGCGGCUCUCCUUCAGCGAGCCGGUCCGGUUCAUCUACAACCCGCUGGAGUACGCCUGGGACACGCACCGCUGCUACGUGGAGACGUACUGUCAGGCCGGACAGAGGAUCCUGUUUCUGGGGAUGAAUCCGGGACCUUUCGGCAUGGCUCAGACCGGGGUCCCCUUCGGAGAAGUGAGGUCAGUUGUUGAUUGGCUGAAGAUCACAGGGGAGGUCGGUCAUCCUGAUGACGAGCAUCCAAAGCGGCGGAUCACAGGACUUGCCUGCACUCAGAAGGAAGUGAGUGGCGCACGUUUCUGGGGCUUCUUCAGGAAGUUGUGCGGCGAACCGGCGCUUUUCUUCCAGCACUGCUUUGUGCACAAUCUAUGCCCGCUCAUCUUCAUCGCUGCCAGUGGGAAGAAUUUAACGCCCCCCGAGCUGCCUGCAGGUGAACGAGAAGCCCUCUUGGCCCUGUGUGACAUUGCACUGUGCCAGGCGGUGGAGGCACUGGGCGUCUCCAUGGUGAUCGGGGUUGGAAGGGUGGCAGAGCAGCGGGCACGGCGAGCUCUGUCAGCAGCAGGUGUCAACGUGCGGGUCGAGGGCAUCAUGCAUCCGUCGCCCAGGAACCCGCUAGCCAAUAAGGGCUGGGAGGAAGUAGCCAAAGCUAAGUUGGCAGAACUUGGCGUCUUGUCGCUGCUGGACGUGUCUCAUCAAUAGAGUGCGCUUCAUCUGACAAUGGAUCAUGAUGUGAGGCGUUUGAGUAAGAGACUCAGUUUACACUGCUAAAAAGUACAAGUUCACAUUUUUCCCUCACAGCUCAGUCUGUGUCUGAGCAGCUCCAAGGAGAGCUUAUCACGCCUUCCACGUCUGCCAUCACUACUGCUGCAAACACGUCAGUUUUCUUCUUCUUCUGUGAGGAUCUGUCGCUUCAUUUCGAGAUGGGUUUUCUUUACAGAUCAGUGCAUGCUAAGCACUGUAAAACUAAAUAUAAACACUAAUGCUGGUACAAAGUGCUCUGGAUACAUUUGUAGGUUUCUAGUCAAAGGGUAAGCUCAGGGUGAUGAUGAAAAUUCAGUGUUCAAGAGUUCUUGUCAGGUAAUUGCAUUCAUCAAAAUGCCCUAUACUUAAAAUGUGUGUGAAACUUUAAAUGAAGCCUUACCACAGAAACAGCCUGUCUCAAUAUGUAUUAGCUAAUGAUGCAUAUUGGGACACACACUGAGCAUUAAACAUGACAAUAGAAAAAUAGAUUUCAAAAUGCAGCACUGUGAGUGCACAUAUUAGACAUUUUAAUCGAUUUUCAAAAGGUAUUAAUUUACCAAGUUGAACAAUUGUCAACUUUUCUUCAUACAUUAUGUAAACAAGGUCUUGCAUGUUCUUUGUUUCCAAAAAAAAUCCAUAAAGGUGCCAUCCUCAGGAAGAAAAACAAGUACACACUUUACUGUCCUACUGUAGUUUUUGAAUGGUGACAUCACAGAGGUAAUGAGAAACAUGUAUAUGACAAAACUAUUGAGUUAAUAGUUAGGUAUUGUUCAUGCUAGAUCACUGUACAAGACUGUUCUUUUUUCUUUUCUCUUUUUUGAAAUGUCAUUUUAAUUGUCAUUUAUUUUGAUAAUGUGUUUUAUUUGUUAAUGUUUACACAUUUUAUCCACAAUUUGACCAAUUCUGUUUAUUUCUGUUUAAAUAAACAAAAUGAUGAAAUAUGA